UUCAUAACUCACCGAGUAGGAUUGAGCAUGUCCUUUCUAAAUUUUGCUUUCUCUUCCUGUUUUUUUCUUCUUCUUUUUUUCCCUCUUUCCCACCCCUUUUUUUCUCCCCCUUUUUUCUAUUUUAUUUAUUUCCUUUUCAACCAGGUUGACGGCCGUAGCAAUAUACCUAAGCGAUAGUCCAAAACCUUUCGCUCUUAUAACUACUUAGGUACUGAUAUUAACUACUCGAUGCUACACCAACGAUAUUAGCCAUAUUAGCCAAUCUCCCCACAUUUGGAUAUGCGGAGUAUCCUGUGCCAACGCUCGCCCCUCAGCAUCCCCAAAUUGCGAAGCGGAUCUCGGCGCAAGGGCUGCUGUCUCGCCACCCGCGGUCCAGAGGGUUAGACGCGCCAUCGUGGUCAAACAGCCAGAUGUAGAGGGUGCCUCCCGGCGUCUCGAAUUGGAUAGAGCCUCCUGACCACCUAUCAGCCCGAAAAUGGGCGACCUCAAGCUACUCUAGUUCAGGCACGCAGAAAUCAGCCGGAAAUGGAUGAUGCCGCUAGACAUCGCUAACAGCCGGGCCUGGCGACAUAUAAGAAUCGUCUCUACCCCCCCAAACGGACGUUUACCAACUAACGAAACCGCACCUUUCCAGCUCCCCUUAAUUCCUAACAAACAGCGCCCAAGAUGAUGCGCCGUCUGACCUCCGCCCUGCUGCUGGGCUCCGCGGCCACAGCCCUGCCGUUCGCCGAAAUCUACGAGCGUCAGAACACGAGCGACUGCGCUGUCAAGAGCAGCUACCCGACCGUGGACUUCGCCAAGCUGCCAGACCCCUUUACCUUCGAGGACGGGAAGAAGGUCGCAAGCAAGGCCGACUGGGCAUGCCGUCAGCAGGAGAUCAGCAAGCUCCUCCAGCAGUACGAGCUGGGAGAUUAUCCUCCUCCCCCCGACAAGGUUGAAGCCUCCCUCUCGGGAAGUACCAUGUCCGUCAAGGUCACCGUCGGCUCCAAGUCCGUCACGAUCAGCACCUCCAUCAGGAAGCCCAGCAGCUCUCCCGGCCCCGCCAUCAUCACCAUCGGCGGUUCCUCCCUGCCCAUCCCCGGCACCGUAGGUACCAUCGGCUUCAACAACGACCAGUUCGCCUCCCAGGCUUCCGGCCAAUCCCGAGGCCAGGGCGCUUUCUACACACUCUUCGGAAACACCCACUCCGCCGGCGCUCUUACCGCGUGGGCCUGGGGAGUCGACCGCGUCAUCGACGGCCUCGAGCAGCUCGGCGCGGAUAAGACCGGAAUCGACCCCAAGAGGCUCGGAACUACGGGCUGCUCUCGCAACGGAAAGGGAGCCUUCGUGGUCGGUGCUCUCGCUAACCGCAUCGCCCUGACCCUCCCGCAAGAAUCCGGCUCCGGCGGCGCGGCCUGCUGGCGCAUUUCCGACUCGGAGCACAGCAAGGGCAAGAACAUCCAGACCGCCGGCGAGAUCGUAGGCGAGAACGUCUGGUUCAGCAAGAACCUAAACCAGUACACCUCCAAGACCAGCAGCAUGCCCGAGGACCACCACUUCCUAGCCGCCCUCGUCGCCCCUCGCGGCCUGCUCGCCUUCGAGAACGACAUCGACUGGCUCGGCCCCGUCAGCACGACCGGCUGCAUGAAGGCCGGACGUCUCAUCUACAAGGGCCUCGGCGUCCCCACCAACAUGGGCUUCUCCCUCGUCGGCGGCCACAGCCACUGCAUGUUCCCCUCUUCUCAGCAGGCCGAGCUUACCGCUUACAUCAACUACUUCCUGCUCGCCGGCACCACCGCUCCUCCGGAGGUGGAGAAGAGCAGCGCCAACGUCGCCGUCACCGACUGGGCGCCGUGGCAGGUUCCCUCUCUCGUCUAGGGCAGUCACCUAGCCGGAGAUGGCGGGUUCUCUCUUAUGUAGGUAGCUCAGCUUGAUACCGCUUGAAAGCGUCAGGCUGGACAGCUCUUGGUCCCGAUUAUCUAGUCGUAUAUUCACGCAAACGAUAAUAAAAAGCUGAUGUUGGAAAUUUUC